AUGCACGAGUCUGGAAGCUUUGCAGCAUCACGUUCUAGACGUGAGAAGACGUCUAGAAGAGGCCAGCAAGAAGCACUGGAACGUCUGAAAAAAGCCAAAGCUGGCGAAAAAAUAAAAUAUGAGGUUGAGGAGUUCACAGGUGUUUAUGAUGAAAUAGAUGAGGAAGAAUACUCCAAGAUGGUCAGAGAACGUCAGGAUGAUGACUGGAUUGUUGAUGAUGAUGGAGUAGGUUAUGUAGAAGAUGGAAGGGAAAUCUUUGAUGAAGACCUGGAUGAUGAUGCUCUUGGUUCCAAUAAGAAAAGGAAAGGUGGCAUAACAUCUAUGGAUGGUAGAAAGAACGUGAAAAAAUCUGUGUCGUCAAAGCCAAACACAAUUAAGUCCAUGUUUAUGGCCAGUGCUGGGAAGAAAAACACAGAUAAAACUGUGGACCUGUCAAAGGAUGAUUUACUAGGGGAUAUUCUUCAAGAUCUCAAUGCUGAAACUGUUCAGCUAAGUUCACCACCACCAGUUAUCAUGCUGAAAAGGAAAAGAUCUGCUGGAGUACCACUGAAUCCUUUCUCUGUGCAGUCCCAAACUCCUAAGGUAAUCACCCCUAUAUCAAAGAAAGCUCCUGCUUAUCUCAGGAAGGAAGCUCUUCCUCCAGCUUCAUUUCAUCCUAAACAUCCCAAUCGCACAACAAAAUCCGUUGUAGUCUCUGAAAACGAGGAUACCAAGUAUGUGCAAAAAGCUACAGAAAACAGGAGAAUAGUGAAGACAGUAAAAGAGGAUGCUAUUGAAGAUGAUGAUCAGGGGAUGAUGGAUUUUGAUGAGGAGGACUUUGAUGAACCUAUGGAAGCAGAGCAUAUGGGAACUGUACCUGAGACAGCUGAAAGCUUGAAGAGAGACAUGGAAAUUGAGAAGAAAGAGACAGAACAACUGGAAUCCAAGAAGAGAGAGACAUCUGUCUUCAGUUGCCCUCUCCCAGAUACCUCAUGUUGGGACAGAAUUGAUGAAGAUGAAGCUGAUCUCGUAGUGGCAGAAGUUCAGCUGGACCCCACUCUCCUUCCACUUGUGAAUGGGGAAAAUGAUGAUCAAGUCUUAAGAUUUUAUUGGCUGGAUGCUUAUGAAGAUCAGUACAGUCAGCCAGGUGUGGUGUUUUUAUUUGGCAAAGUUUGGAUUGCAUCUGCAAACACCUAUGUCAGUUGUUGUGUGGCAGUGAAAAACAUUGAGAGAACUGUUUAUCUACUUCCACGUGAAACAGAAAUGGACCUAUCCGCUGGCAAAGAGACAGAGACUCCGGUAACUAUAAUGAGUGUUUUCAAGGAGUUCAACGACUGCAUUUCACCGAAGUAUAAGAUCAUGAAGUUCAAAUCUAAGAAAGUAGAAAAAUAUUAUGCUUUUGAGAUCCCAGAUGUUCCAGCAAAAUCAGAAUACUUGGAAGUUAAAUAUUCGGCUGAAUGCCCUCGGCUUCCCCAGGAUCUGAAAGGACAAACAUUUUCACAUGUAUUUGGAACGAACACUUCAAGCCUGGAACUUCUCUUGAUGAGUAGGAAGAUCAAAGGACCUUGCUGGCUGGAGAUAAAGAAUCCACAGCCUUCGAAUCAGUCGUUCAGCUGGUGUAAGGUGGAGGCUGUGGCCAUGAAGCCUGGCUUGGUGAACGUGGUUAAAGAUCUUUCUCCUCCUCCUCCUCUUGUGGUCAUGUCGCUCAGCAUGAAGACCACUCAGAACCCAAAGACUCACCAGAAUGAG